CAGAAAAACUGAAUAACCUCAUAGUCAAUAGAAAAGUUGUCAAAGAAAAGCGAUAAAGUUUCGCCGUUGAGCCAAUGUUUCAAUCGAUCAUUUUCUGAACUUUUAUUCUUAUCAAGCGAACUCGAAGUGUAUGUGUGUCUGUUUACCUAAAAGUGUAAUUCAAAUAUUCACUUUAUUAGAAUAAUUGAAUCAAAGGAUUACCUCUUAAUCUCGGGAAUUACAUCCAUUUAAUACUCUCGAUUUAAACUCAAUGGUACUUCAUAUUUGUGAAUGAAUUAGUGUUACAAAAUCGUCUAUUAAGGUCAAAAUUUGACCCACAAUUCACUUAGAUGUGGUAACUAAAGUGCUAACGUUACAAUUAAUAAAAGUGUGUCUGUGUGUACUUGUGAUCGUUUCAAUUAACUAUGUCAACAUUAAUCACAAACAUGGAUAAUGUAAAGUUAAUUGUGUUCUCAUUAAUUGGAUUUAAUUUAUUGUUUACUGUUAAUUGUUUAACAUUGGAACAACAGCCAAAUCGCAACCAUGGUAAUUGGAUAUCAAAUUUUCAAGCAUCAAUAUUAUAUACUGCAGUUGUUAAAGGCAAAGUUGCCUUACCUUGUGAUGUUACAGCUCCAACACCGGAUGACUCAGUUGCUCUUGUCCUUUGGUAUAAAGACGAUGCUUUAGCACCAAUAUAUACAAUAGAUGCUAGAAAAGGUACCAUUGAACAGGCUCGAACCUUAACAUCACCAUCAUUAGAAGGUCGAGCAUAUUUCAAUUUACACAAUCGACCAGCAUUUUUACAAAUUGAUCCUAUUAAAUUGAUGGAUGCUGGUGUCUAUAGAUGUCGAGUCGAUUUUAAAAAGGCGCGAACAUUAAACACUGUAAUUAGUCUUAAAGUAAUUGUUCCACCAGAAGAACCAAUAAUAACUGAUGUCCAAGGGAAUGAAUUAAGAGGACUUAUUGGUCCAUACAAUGAAGGUGAUGAGCUUCGACUUGUCUGUGUAACUGUUGGUGGUAAACCACGACCUUCAUUAACAUGGUGGAGGGAUGAUAAUAUAAUUGAUGAUUCUUUUGAUUACAAUGAUAAAGAUGUGACAAGCAAUCAACUGAUGAUAACAUCUUUAGCUCGUCACUAUUUACUUUCUAUCUUCACAUGUCAAGCCAUAAAUAACAACAUAACCCUUCCAUCAACUACAUCCAUUACAUUAGAUUUAAACAUGAAACCAACUGAAGUUCAUAUAACUCAAUUAACUUCAGUGUUAGUUGCUGAUCAUGAAGCAUCAUUUGAAUGUAAUACAUUCGGAUCCAGACCAAAGGCAAUAUUAUAUUGGUUUUUUGAUGGUCAACGAUUUAAUACCCUAAUCAAUGGUGAUCAUCAAACUAGUACAACAAUAACUUUAACAAUCAAACAGAUUCACAAUAACGCAAUACUUAUUUGUACAGCUGAGAAUCCAAAGAUUCCAGGAUCAACUAUAUCGGAUAAUCUUAAAUUAGAUGUACACUAUAUACCUCGUCUUUCAUUGAGACUUGGAUCUCCAACGAUUUCAUUAACUACUCUCCAGGAAGGUAAUGAUAUUUAUUUUGACUGUGAAAUCGAUUCAAAUCCUCAUAUCAAUCGUCCAAUCGUUUGGCGUUUCAAUGGUGAUAUACUUCACUCCCAGCAUGGAGUGAUACAAAGUAAUCAAACUUUGGUACUUCAACGUGUUUCUCGUAAGCAAAGUGGUACUUAUCAGUGUGAAGCGGGAAACAAUCAAGGAACUGCGCUAAGCAAUACAAUCAAUUUAACCAUCAGAUAUGCUCCAUUUUGUCGUAAUGAAAAUAUUUUAGUCUAUGGAGUCGCUCUUCAUGAAACCAUUUAUCUUGAAUGUGAUGUAGAUGCGAAUCCAUCUCGUGUCUCUUUCCAAUGGAAACAUCAAUACAAUUCAGAGUUAUUACCAUUUAACAUAGUUAAUGACACAAGAUCAACCUUAAGCUACUCACCCCAUGAGCCUAAUGAUUACGGUAAAAUUGACUGUAUUGCCAAAAAUGAAGUAGGACUUCAACAGCGAGCUUGUACUUUCCAUAUAACAUCAUCAGAUCCUCCUAAUUUAUCAUUUAGAUGCCGAGUUGCCAAUCAAAGUGAAGAUUCACUUAUGGUUCACUGUUUACCCGAUGUAAGAGUUAAUUAUACUCAUGAAGAGAUUAAAUUGGGAGAUGAUUCUAAUCCAUCCAGAGGAUUAUUCAUUUAUCCAGCUUCGUUUUUCAUUUGUCAAGUUUAUCGGAAAAAUGAACAAUAUCCUAUCGCCAAUGUAUCACAACCUUUAACUGUUCCAUAUCAAUCACAUUCAUAUGAAAUUAAUCUAAUGCAUCACAAUGAGAUCAAAUUUUUAGUAAAUAAUUUAAUUCCAGAGACAAGUUAUCGUAUCAAAUGUUUUUCACUUCACUCUCGUGGCUCAUCCCAAGUAAUGUGGUUAACCGGUGAAACCUCACAACCAGCACAGAAAUUGAUUGGAAAUGGUCGAGCAAAUCUGUUGACAGUCAAUGGACGUAAUAUAUUCACUGGUAAACCAAUGUUAAUAGCCUUAUUAUUGGGAAUCAUUGUCGUCACCCUGAUACUCAUCUCACUUGGUAUCAUUGCCAUAAUCCGUGUCCGUCGUACCCAUAGACAUGUUAUCGGUUUAACUCGACCUGAUACUGAUAAUACACAACUUCCCCCGGGUGGAACCAUGUUUGAUGAAGCUGAAGAGGUUUGUUGCUGUGAUGAUGAGUGUUGUGAUGAGAUGCUUUUAACAACCACAACGGUCCAACAGCAAGAACAACGAGCCAAUCAAUUUAACACUCUUGAUUCAAAUGGUACUGCUAAAGGUCCACCUGAUAUAAUACCUUCAAUUGGCUAUUGUUCAAGUAAAAGUAAAAACGACGAGAACAAAUUUAUCUCAUCCUAUGAUCCUGAUAAAUAUGAAAUUGCUCAAGGAAUUACACUGGAACCAAUAUCAAUUGUUAGGAAUUCUUCAUCCAAAAGUACAUUGGACCGCAAGAAUACCGUUGAAUUCAAAAGUAAAUCUGAGAUAACUAAAGCAACUCGAGUUGAUCUAAUCGGAGGAAGUCCAAAAUUUGAGUCGACAGUGUGAACAUAGAAGCCAAUUCAAUCAAACAGUUCAAUAAUCAGGAGUAUUAGUGUAAACGAUGGUCAGAAUCAAAUGGAUAAUCCUUCAAGUUCAAUCAUCUGCAAUUUCCUCUAAUCACUAUGAAAAUACCAGUUCAAGAACUUUUAUCAAGACCAUUGGAAUACUUUAAAUUAGCAAUGUUCGAAUCUGUGAAAAGCCUUUUCCUCACCCAAAAACUGGAAUCCAUUCGACAAUGAAAACUGAUUGUGAUAUUAUGCAGAUACAAGAAAUAACUUAUAUAUACAACAACAGAAUAGUUCAACAGAAAUAUUGAUUAUUCGAUCAAUUUAUCAUUAAUAACUGAAUAAUUGCUUGUUCAUCUAAAACUAGGGUCUUCCAUCAAUACUAUAGUUAGAAUCAUUGACAAUAACGGACUAUCACAAUUCUAUGAAUGAUCUAUGAGUAGAAUCUGAUCAAAGGAAAUGACCAGAAAAUUGUCUAAUUAACGUGAAACAAUUUUCCGAGAUUCAGAACUCUCAGAUUAAUUGGCUAUCGAAAAACUUUUUUUCAUCAACAACAGUUUUUACCUUUUAAUUUUUUUUUAAUUUUUCUUUUCAAUACUAAUAUUAGAUCAGUUAUCAGAUUUUUUUACAUCAUUUGGUAUUCACCCAGAUCACAAUGAACAUUAUCGUUAUAAUUGUCCAUUUAUCCUUUUUGUUACAUGGUUACUACUGUUAGCUAAUUACUAUUACAUCAAAGAGCAACUCUGUGAUAAAACAAUUAAGAUAAUUUUCAUUUAUAAAACUUUGAAUUUUAAACUUUUAUUAUGUAAAAAUUUGACAAAAAAAACUCAUACAAAUGAAGACAAUUUAAAGUUUAAUCGUUAUCAUCAUGUCGAUUGCCCUUAACUACAAAUUGAAAGAUUGUAAUAUAAUCAAUUGUCAAGAAUAAAAUAAUAGAAAUAAAAUCUAAUUUCUGAAAUGAAAA